AAUUAUGUUUCGUAUGAAGUUGAUGAGUGUUUGCGUAAAUAGUAGUUUGUUUUCUAAAAAUAUGUUGUAGACUCAUGAUAACAUUAAAUGCUUACAAACAUAUAUGAGCCUAUCUAUAUUUUAGAAAAUCAGAUAUUUUGUAAAACAGUUUUAGCAUAUUUGCUUCAAUAUUAUAUAUGGUUCUUAUGUGUAAAAUACUAAUUAUUUAAAUUUAAAAUUAUAAUAAAAUAAUUAAAAAUAUAAGAUAUUUGGUCUGUGCAUAGCACGGAAGUAACACUAGUAAAUAUAUAUAGGGUAAUUGCACUUGAUAUACACGAUAUUAAAAUUAUUUAGGUGAUUGGAAACCUACUGUUUCACUUUCCAUAUAUCCCACAAGUACCCCUAUAACCUAGUAAUCGACAUCAUCGUUAUGCUAUAGGUAUGGAAAAUAUCUCUGACACCCUUCUAUUUUUUAUUAAUAAAAUACAUAUUCGACAGAAAAAAAAUGGCGAUAGAAAAAGGUGACUCAAGAUCUAGGUUUUUAGAUGGCGGCGCUCGAUUGGAUUUGGGGAUUCUGCAAGGUUUUUUCAGGGGUUAACAAGGAUCUUCAUCAGGAUCAUGUCUCUCUUACAUUGCGCGAGGAAAGGAAGCGUUCAGGGGACGGGGAAGAGGAUGGAAAACGAAUCAAGUAGACCGAGUACGAGCUGGAAAAGGAUUCGGCGAUUUGCGAUUCAAUUCCAGAUAAGGGCCUCUCUUUGGGAUUCUAUGGAAAUUGAAGGAAAGAUCGGAUCUUUGGGCGAUAAUGGGUUUCAGAGCGGAAAUGGAAUGUUGGAGGCAAUCAUCAUUUGAGCAAGCCAAAUUGGCCAUAUAUAUAAGCGCGUCAAUGAAGAUAUUUUUAAACAUGCAACGGUCUCUCUACGCGGAGAACACAAGGGGGUGUUAAUGGACUUUAUUAGUUACCCUUUAGGCCCAAUAAAGAUAAGGCCGUUCGUUAAAGUCGGUGUUUAUGCAAAAAAGAAAGAAAACCAAGCGGGGCCCGAUACUUUCCAUAUAAGUACUGAAUUGCCUCUCAAAAUAACCAUUCCUUUUCUCUUUGGUCACUCUUUUCUCUCUAAAGCUCUUACUCUCUCUCACGAGACGUCGCCGGAACUCUGUUUUUCGAGGGUUAAACGCUGCCGCGUGGAGCUUACUACGUUCUUAGUUCCCCUUCAUCAAGACUUCACCGUGCUUCUAAUUCGAGAUAAGUUGCGGCUGGAAUCUAAAAGAUGGGAGACUCAAGGAACGGUGAUACCUACGUCAUUGAUGUCAUGAAGUUCAUCACACGUACAAGAGCCUUGUAUGCACACUGGAAUGAGCACAUUGCAGACCUAUGGGGAUCUGCGGACGCUCUUGCCGUAGCUACACAUCCUGCUACUAAUGAUCUUCGCUACCUGAAGUCCUCUGCUUUACAUAUUUGGCUUCUUGGGUAUGAGUUUUCUGACACUAUAAUGGUCUUCGCCUCAAAGCAGAUCCAUUUCUUGUGUGGCAAGAAAAUAGCAACUCUGCUUGAAGUUGUGAAACAACCUGCACAUGAUGAGUUGGGGAUAGAUGUUGUCAUGCAUGCAAAGGCUAAAGGUGAUGAUGGAAAUGGGCAGAUGGAUGCUGUACUCCGUGCCAUCCGUGAUGGAAAGGAGUCCCAAGUUGUGGGACACAUUGCUCGUGAGGCUCCUGAAGGUAAGCUUCUCGAGACGUGGGCUGCGAGGUUAAAGAAUGCUGAGUUUCAGUUUGUUGAUAUCACUGCGGGGUUGUCUGAUCUCUUUGCUGCUAAAGACGGAACAGAGAUUAUUAAUGUGAAGAAAGCAGCGUAUCUUGCCUCCAGCGUGAUGAAAAAUGUUGUUGUUCCAAAACUUGAGAAGGUCAUUGAUGAGGAGCGAGAUGUCACCCACUCUCUGCUGAUGCGUCUCACGGAGAAAGCGAUACUUGAUCCGACGAAAGCCGGUGUGAAGCUGAGGCCAGAGUGUGUUGACAUAUGCUACCCUCCUAUAUUUCAAAGUCGAGGCAAGUUUGAUCUCAAGCCUAGUGCUGUAAGCAAUGAUGAUCUGCUCGCUUACGAUCCAGGGAGCAUCAUUAUAUGUGGUGUUGGUGCUCGGUACAAUAGUUAUUGCUCUAACGUGGCCAGGACAUACCUAGUAGAUGCAACUAAUCUCCAGAGCAAGGCUUAUGAAGUUCUUCUCGAGGCACAUGAGGCUGCUAUUAAUGCUAUGAGGCCAGGAAGAAAGUUAAGCAGUGUCUAUCAAGCUGCACUUUCCGUGGUUGAAAAGGAAGCCCCUGAGUUGGUUGACAAGCUGACUAAAUCUGCUGGGACUGGUAUCGGUCUUGAGUUCCGAGAGUCUGGAUUAAACAUCAAUGCAAGGAAUGAUAAAGUGUUGAGACCACAGAUGGCGUUUAAUGUCUCACUUGGUUUCCAGAACAUGGAAUGUGAGAGCAAGAAGAAGACAUUCUCUCUUUUUCUGGCCGACACUGUUAUUGUUAAAGAUGAGGAUCCUGAGAUUUUGACGGGCAAGUGCUCCAAACUUGUUAGAGAUGUGAGUUACGACAAAGAAGAGAAGCCCUGCAGGAAGAAGGCAAGGACCAGCGGUCCUGAGAGCUACUUCAUCAACAAGACAUCUCUCAGAUCAUAUAAUAAUAAUCAUGUGGUCUCGAAAGACGAGCUGCGGAUGCGGAAGCAGCACCAGGCAGAGCUUGCACGCCGGAAGAAUGAAGAAACUGUCAGAAGGCUUGCUGGUGACGACAGCUCCGGUUCUACUGCAAAGACUUCAACUGAUUCGGUCGCCUACAAGAACGUUAACGAUGUGCCUCAACCUCGUGAUUUGAUGAUGAUCCAGGUUGAUCAGAAGAAGGAGGCUGUAUUGUUACCCAUCUAUGGUGGCAUGGUUCCAUUCCAUGUGUCGACGAUAAGAAGAGUCUCGAACCAGCAGGAUAGCAUCCGUAUUAUUUUCAGUGUCCCGGGUACAACUUUGAAAAACCAGGGUGCUAUAUACCUUAAAGAGGUUUCGUUCCGGUCCAAGGAUUCAAAGCGUAGCAGUGAAGUGGUUCAGGCGAUUAAGACCCUUAGACGGCAAGUCAAUGCCCGAGAGUCUGAAAGAAUUGAAAGGGGAACACUGGUGAACCAGGAGAAGCUUCAGCUUGCAGGAAACAAGUUCAGACCCCUCAGGCUGUCUGGUCUGUGGAUCCGCCCGCAGUUUAGUGGUCGGAAGAGGGUUCCUGGGGCACUCGAAGCUCAUGCCAAUGGUUUCAGAUACUCAACGACUAGGCCUAAUGAGAGGGUAGAUGUCCUGUUUGCAAACGUAAAACAUGCGUUUCUCCAGCCGGCUGAGAAGGAGAUGCUCACGAUACUGCAUUUCCACUUGCACAACCACAUCAUGGUGGGAAACAAGAAGACAAAGGACAUCCAGUUUUACGUGGAGGUGAUGGAUGCUGUGCAGUCUCUAGGCGGUGGUGGAAGGAGAUCAUCAUCAUCAUCGGCCUAUGACCCAGACGAGAUUCACGAAGAGCAGAGGGAGCGCGAUAGGAAAAACAAGAUCAACGUGGAUUUCAAUCAUUUCGCAACACGUGUCAGUGCUCUUGAGUUUGAACAACCGUUGAGAGAGCUUGGUUUCUCUGGCGUCACGGACAAGGCACGUGUUUUCAUCGUCCCGACAUCGAGCUGUUUGGUUAUGCUCACCGAAGCCCCGUUUUUGGUGGUUAGUCUGAGUGAGGUUGAGAUUGUGAAUCUCGAGAGAGUCGUGUUUGGGAACACGAGCUUCGACAUGGCCAUACUCUUCAAGGACUUCAAGAAAGAUGUCCUCAAGAUCAACGCAAUCGACACAACUUCUCUAGAAGGGAUAAAGAAGUGGCUUGACGCUAUCGAUAUUAAGUACUACGAGAGCAAAGCGAAUCUCAUGUGGAGACCGAUCCUCAAGAGAAUCACGGAUGAUCCUCAGGGCUUUAUAGACGAUGGAGGUUGGGAGUUUUUGAACUUGGAAAGAAGCGAUUCAGAACCUGAGGAGUCAGACCAAGGCUAUGAGCCACCAGAUGCAGAGGAUGAGUCUGAGUCUGAGUCUGAGUCGGAGGAUGAGGAUUCUGAGAGCGAGUCAGAGGACCAAGAAGAAGAAGAAGAAGAAGAAGAAGAGGACUACUGAAGAAGAUAAAUGUAAGAGACUUGGGGACGAUUAUCAGUUCGAUUCCUAGAAAAAAUAAUGGACUAGAGUAUGUUUAGGUUACAAUUGUUUUUUGUAAUAAUCCUUUUUCUUACAUUAAUUUAUAUCAUCGUUCACAACUAUGAUUUAGCAAAGAAGAAAUAUUACAAAUAUAUUCCACUUCUCUAGAAAACCAAUCUUGUCUUCCGACAACUAAAGUAAUGUGGUCUUUGUUCUCUAAGGGCAACAUUAUUGGUUCUACUUAAUUUUGUCCUUAGAAUAAAAUAGUAUUAUUUUUUACUUAGGGACAAAUGCAUAAGGACUUUUUUAAUUUUGUUGAUUAUUGGUAGGACAAAAAAAGUCCUUAGCAUAUUUUAUAUUAUUUAUUUUAAUGUGUGAUUAGAUAUAAAAGAUACAUUUUAAAUAAAACAUAAAAGAGAAGUUUAACAUUAAAUUAAAAAAAAAAU